AUGGAGGUGAAUCAGAAUGGGAGGCUUGAAGGAAUGAUUCACAAAAUAAUGGAUUGGCUAUUUUGGGUUAAACAUGGAUACAACCGACAUGAAUGCCCAGUUGAAAUACCCACCAACGUUAAUGCCCACUUGAAAUAUCAAAAUAAAAAUGAGUAG